CAAGAUGGCGCUUGGCGAAAGAAAAAAGUGAUGAGAGAAUAGAACAACAAGCGUUGCAACUAUACAGCCGUGUGUGCUUAUGUACCCUGAACGACUGUUUUCAGGUAGACCUCCAUUAUAUCUCCGGGAAACUGUCAGUCCAAUGCCGGGAAACCGCACCGGUCUACAAAGACACAAGUACUCAGCUAACUGUUUGCUAACUAGCUGCUAAAGUAGCUAGCCUAGCUAACGUUCGCUAACUGCGGAAGGCGAGUGGGGAGAAGGUUGGCAGGCAGCUCGAAGUACAAGUCGUCAACUCAAGCGCUUUUUGAAGUGAAAAGACCACUUUGACAAAUAAACUCUGACAAUUUCAGAGUUUGCAACACGGACCACGUCGUCCAAACCAGGGGUCGGCCCGGAAAAUAACCCUCAACAUCUAGUAAGGAUAGAAAAAGACGAGGAAAGGCGUCAUCUUUGCUGUUUGACGCCAUGGCUCAUUCUCCUAUACAGAGCGGACUGCCAGGCGUUCAGAACUUCAGAGCGGAUCCAGAGGAGUUUUUCACCAAGCUGGAAAGGAUAGGUAAAGGCUCUUUUGGGGAAGUCUUCAAAGGCAUCGACACGCGGACUCAAAAAGUUGUUGCCAUUAAAAUAAUUGAUCUGGAAGAAGCUGAGGACGAAAUAGAGGACAUUCAACAGGAAAUCACAGUUCUCAGCCAAUGUGACAGCCCCUUUAUCACCAAGUAUUAUGGAUCGUAUCUCAAGGGUACAAAAUUAUGGAUUAUUAUGGAAUAUUUGGGUGGAGGAUCAGCCCUGGAUUUGCUGGAACCAGGUGCUCUGGAUGAAACCCAGAUUGCCACAAUUCUGAGAGAGAUCCUGAAAGGACUUGAGUAUCUGCACUCUGAAAAGAAAAUCCACCGAGAUAUCAAAGCUGCCAACGUGUUGCUGUCAGAACAAGGCGAUGUGAAGCUGGCAGACUUUGGAGUGGCGGGCCAGCUGACAGACACCCAGAUAAAAAGGAACACAUUUGUUGGUACUCCUUUCUGGAUGGCACCUGAAGUCAUUAAGCAAUCUGCCUACGAUUCAAAGGCAGACAUCUGGUCAUUAGGAAUAACAGCAAUAGAACUGGCUAAAGGAGAGCCGCCUCACUCUGAGCUUCAUCCUAUGAAGGUCUUAUUCCUCAUCCCAAAGAACAAUCCACCAACACUGGAGGGAAACUACAGUAAACCGCUUAAAGAAUUUGUUGAAGCCUGUUUAAAUAAGGAGCCAAGCUUUAGGCCAACUGCCAAAGAGCUGCUGAAACACAAGUACAUAGUAAGGCAUGCCAAAAAGACGACAUAUCUGACAGAGCUGAUUGACAGAUACAAGAGGUGGAAAUCAGAACAGUCUCGGGAUGAAUCGAGCUCUGAAGAAUCUGACGAGGAGUCUGAUGGCCAAGCGUCUGGAGGAGAUGACGCUGCAAACGACUGGAUCUUCAACACCAUCAAGGAGAAGGACUUAAAGACGUUUCAGAAUGGAGCAGCACAGCCCGCAGAGCUGGAAAGACAACAAGACAACCAGGUGCAGGAGUGUCCAAGGAGGCCUUUGUCACAAAGCUUAUCAACAAUCUUUUCUCCACUGUUUACUGAGUUGAAAGAAAAGGGUGCGACGAGUAACGGCAAACCUGAGGCUGCAGAGGAGCUGCGGAAGGCCAUUUUUGAGGCAGAAGAAACACACCCGGGGAUCUGUGACUCCCUGGUAGCUGAACUAGUGCAGAGACUUCAGAGGUUUUCUGUGCCGCACGCAGCUGCCAGUCACUGAGAGGAGCUUCAUCCAGCUCUGCUCUAAUUCUCCACCCUGGUGGCAGCAGUCAGAUCUUUUCCUCUGACCUCCACAGCUGAGAUGAAGUCUCCCAGGAAGGUCUCCCAUCACUCAUUUGCCUGAAGCAAAUCCUGGCCUACUUAAUGUCUGUUUAUAUGCUAACACACCACCAGAGGGUCCUGUUCUGGACAGUGAGUGGCCAGCCUGCUGUAAGAUGUCCCUCCUUAAUACCUCCUUCAAAUCUCUUUUCAUUUUAGGGUGGAGUUAGCUUUCUUACUGCAAGGACUCUUUUGUUUUUGGUUUUUAGUGAGUUUGUGGCUUUUCGCAAAGGUUUGCACUCUGCAUCCUUUCAGAGGAAAUACCUUGCUUAAUUAAUUGUGUGCAUGUGUUUGUGUGGCUGUGCGAGACAUCCUGUGAAACGUGUGGUGAGGAGUGAUGAGUGAAGCAUUCUGUUGAAAACUCAGGUAUCCUGCUUUAAGUGGACUGGGUCCUCUGGGAGAUGGAGAGAGCUCUUAUGGGUGGCUGUAAAGACUUGUAAAUAAGCUAAUUUCUACAGAAAAGAAUAAAGGAGUGUUUCUAAUGGAA